UUGAGAAAAUAAAGUUUAAUUAAUUCUCCAAUCAUUGGAAGUAAAGUUCACGCUAUCUUCCGGCGCGUUGUCACUCAUUUUCUCACCCAUGUGGGACACGCGUCACGUUUAACACAUUCCUACUCGAACUCACGCAUCUCUUCGACCUCUUCACUCCAUCGGCAUACUCCUUCACUUCACUCUCUUCCUUUCAGGUAACUAACCUAAACUGUCAAUAAUACUCUCUCGUGUUCACCGACCGAUCUCUCGUUCUAUACAGAAAGCGGAGACGUAGAACAGCUGAAUGAUAAAGAGACGGAGUUAGUAGGUUUUUUCGAAAUCUCUGCUUCUUUCUUCAAAAAAUGGCGGAUAUACAGCAACCGGAAGCGCAACUAAACGGCGUCGGAGGAGCGCAACUGGUGACAACGACAUCCGAACCUGUUGGAUCAAAGCGACAGCGAAGGCCAAGCGUCCGAUUAGGCGAAAUCGGGGGCGACCAGCCCUACGACUCUCACGGGCGAAGAUCUUCCGCUAUCAUCAAGCAAUUCAAGCAACACCUCCCUAUCGACCACAGAAAGGAUCCGAAAUCGUCCAAAACCCGCCCUCUCACGAACCUAACCGAAUUCCAAAACGAAACCCUAGACGAGGAUAGAGAGGUCAAUUUAGACACCGUCGCCAUUGGGAGUUGGCGAGUCAAGGAUUCGAAAAAACGAGGCUCGAAUGCCACCACGAAACGCGUCCGGUCCAAUUGGAUUUCUAGAGUGGCCGAUAAUGGAGGCGGCGGCAAUAAUGUUGAGGGAGAGGAGAAAUACAGCGGCGGAGAAGACAUGGAUGAGGACGGAACCUAUCGUGAUUUUGAUAGGGAGAACUCUGAGAGUCCGUUGAGAGAACAGAGUCCGGAUCUUUUGAAUGAGAAUUUAGCAGAUGCGAGAUAUAGGAGGCCAAUUAGGACACGAGACCACCAAGAUGGGGUGGAUUUUUCGGGUCCAUCAGAUACAGAUGAUAGGAAUAACAACAACAAUAAUGGGAGUCACGGAGAGGAUGGAGUGAAGGUUUGGUUAAACAGUCUAGGGUUAGGGCGAUAUGCACCAGUUUUCGAGAUUCAUGAGGUGGAUGACGAGGUAUUGCCCUUGCUGACACUGGAGGACUUGAAGGAUAUGGGGAUUAAUGCAGUUGGCUCCAGGAGAAAAAUGUAUUGUGCCAUCCAAAAGCUUGGGAAGGGGUUUUCAUAAACUUCUUCUAAUUUUGCUGUCUCAGCCGUGGCAACCUAAGGUGCACCAUGUCUGAUCCUAUUGAUGAGCAUUUCUUCUAUUUACUUUGUUUUCAAUAGUGUUGUAGUAGUUUUAGCAGAUUUUCUUGUUGCACACUUCCUAAUCUCGUGCAGUUUGUUGGCUGCAUCAUAUUUUAAUGAUUUUGAAGUGUGUUUAGUCAUUGUCAUACUAGAUGAGAAAACAAUUAUUGUUGUUGGUUCUUGAGCUGAUGGACAACAUCGAAAUGAUGUGAUAAUGCUUAUCAUGACUUUCAGGAAUAAUGUUUGAUACCUCAAAAAUAUGACAGCCAUUUUACCUCCCAAUCAAUGUGAAGUUGGAUGUUAAGUUGACCCUACACAUACCACAUAGAUUUGGGGGUAAAAUGGUGUCAUAUUUUGGGGGCAUGUAGCAUUACUCUGACUUUCAGUGAAAAAUAUUUCAAUUAAUGCGAAGUCCUUGUUGUUUAACUCA